AUGGAUCCUUACGAUUUCCCCGACUGGACGGAAAUGCACGCGUUCAAAGAUCUCUUCAAAGCAGCGCAACUUCAUGGAGCGCUUUCGUCAUACUUGGACCUUGGCUUCUUUCCCGCAAUCCAAGCCCUACAGUACCGCAAGUCGGCGUUCUACAUGAACAAUCUGAUUGCAAACAUCAAGGAAGAGUUUGUGGAGUACCCGAUAGAGCGCAUCAUCCACACCUUCUUGUCGCUCCAAAGCUAUUUGGUCGAAGUGAUGAGUCAGCAAGGAGACAAUACUGAGAUGCAACGUACCGUGUCGCUCGAGCUGAAGGAAGCGCGCUUGAUGGACGAGCUGUCGCGCAUGCCCAAAUGCAUCUUACUGAGCGAUGGCAGCGCCGAGUCGUCUGCAGAUGACAUCAUUACUGUAGCGAGUUUCGUAUUGAGUGAGAAUUUUUACAAGUUGUGA